AUGAAGCGCCCUACAUUCGGUGAGAAAAAUACAUCACAUCACCAACAACAACAAUCCACCUACAAUGCCAAUUUCCACUCGCCGUCCGAGCUAAACAUCUCGACACAGCGUAACAAGGCCAAUGAGUAUCACUCGCUGCUUAACAGAUUGCCGACUUUGGGGGAGAUUCUUGCUCGCAAGACAGAAUCCCCAGUGGACCUCUGGUCGUUCUACAUCUUCAUGAAGGAACAUGAAAAUGCUAUCGAUUACUUGGAUUUCUGGCUCGAUGUUAUGGGUCAUUUGACCUUGUGUAAACACUACGUUCAAGGUUUGAGAGAAAGUAUAGUGAGGAGCUCUGUGGUGCACCACAAGAACGUACUUCAGUACCAACAGAAUCAAAACACAAACAACCAGUAUCAGCAACAACAGCCAUACAAGCACUCAUCGCUCUCAAGGCUGCAUCUGGCAGCUGGUGAACUCGAUGCUUAUCAGUCGCCCACCAUCCCUGCGUCAUCCAAUUAUAACCGUAACUCGCAAAACUCGUCACAAAGGAACUCCAACCCGCUUCUGGAACAGUCCAAGCACAAGUCCUUGUCGUCGUCUUUAUUGCUUGACAUGAUUAUCAACGAUCACAUGUUGGAGGAAACAGACUCUCACAGAUUGUCGCAGUUUUUGAGGGGUGACUUAUCUAUAGAUAACAAUGAUCCAAGAAUCGUCGAAUUGGUUGAGGAAUACAACCGUGAACAUGAAAACCAGCCCUUACCACACCCACAGUUUACGCAAUCACCCAACUAUCAAACGCAUCUAUUCGAUGGUGAAGAUUUGUCAAUAGAUAGAAUCAACACUGGAGGUAGUUCCAAUGGAGGUAAAAGAGUUUACUCCGGAACUCAACUUCUUGAUGAUUACAACGUACAACAAGGCGAUGUCUCUGGAGAUGUCGCUCAAGAAGGUGGUUACGUAGGCAGAGCCAACGUCGCCUCCAUUGCAUCUUCCCAACCUAAAAUCGUAAACACUUCCAAUACCAGCUCAGUUCCUCACACCCCGGUCAAAACAACCAUCAACUCUGCAUUACUAGAAAAACUUGUCAAGGACACCAAGGCAAAGCCCUCGGGUUCAUCAUCCAACUCAUUCAUCACAAGAGAAAACUUGAGAGAAUCGUCACAUAAUUUGCUCUUGAAGUAUUUUGUGGAAGAUGCAGAAAAGAAAAUUAAUAUCCCCAGAGAUUUGAACUCAUUCAUUCUUAAUUCCAUUGAAAAGGAAGGAAGAGACGAUCCUGACGUAUUUGGGGGUGUUAGAGACUAUGUCUUCAAAUUGAUGGAAAAUGAACUGUACCCUAAAUUCUUAAAAACCGUUGCCAUUCAAAACAUAACUGAAGUCUCGUCCAAAGUGAGAAUGAUUGCCGGAUUAAUCUUAUUAUUUUUCGGCUUUUGGAUAGCUUACAUCUUGUUAUUCUUGAACUAUCAUAAACGAAUCAGAGCUGUAUGUGUGGUACCCUUCUUAAUUGCAUUUUACUUAAUCGUAUCAUCACACUACUACCUCGAUCCGGUGCUAGUUUUCCUCGGGUUCAGUGAAUCUUUCCACUCAGAUCAAAGAUUAAUCAAGUUGAAAGAAAAGUAUGUUCAUCGUCUCUUGAUAAAAAGGGCCAUCUUCGUAGUGUUUUUGGUAAUACUAUUCACAUUAAUAUUGACAUUGAUAUUUAGUUUAGUUCCAGGUCACAGACUUUAA